AUGUCCGACACCCAAACUCCACAGACCUCCUGCCAAAGUGAGCUGCUCUGCCUCAAAAGCGAGCUCGAAGUACUAUUCAACACCUACUUCAAGGCCCAUGAAGACCUCGAGCAGUUGCAGUUCCAGCUCGAAACGGCGCUCCACAACAAUCCAAUUGCCGACCUCGAUGGCUUUGACAUCAAGACUGCGAUUGAGUUUGGCGGUUCUGACCUCGAACUGGUAUGGGAGAUUACAAUAUUGAGGUCUGUUAUGGAGGAAAUAUGGGCGGAGAUUAAGAGGAUUGAUGAUAUGGUGGAGGAGCUUGAGAACGAGUUCGAAAGUAUGGAGUUCCAGCGUGCUCUUUAUCUCAGUAUCAUCGUUUUCAAAACUGGCGAGAAAGUAUUCCUGAAUCUCCGGGAACAUCAUGGAAACGAUGGGAGUGGGCUCGAAAAGUCUGGAUUAUGUGUCUCCAAGAUCCUCGAAGAGGUCAGGUCCUUCGUGAAGGACUUUAUUGAGAUGAGAGAAGAGCUCCGUCACACGACAAAGAACUUCUUAAAAAUUGUCAGCGUCUUAAAAGAGAUCGAUGUUCAUCUCAAGUCUGCGAUACGCGACAUCUCGGCGGAGCUUCAUAACCCUCAUCUAAAACUCUCGCUUGACCCUUCUGGAGCUGAUGUCACUACGGAUCUUAGCGCUCUAGUAGAGGGAUGUAGUUAUAAGUGGAUAGACUUUUUGGACAAUAUUUAUUGUGAUUUCGAUGAGGCAGCUGAGACAGGAGGGACGACACUAGCGCUAUUUGGCAAUAUACUGAGGUGCUGUAAGGAAAAGGCCAGAGAGGAAAUAGAAGCGUAG